UUUCCGUUCCCUAAAUUUCUCAGGAAAAGAAUGCCAUAAAAAUGGUGGCCAAGUUUACCAAAAAGGCCCAAUCAAAAAUCUCCAAGAACAGCCAUCGCCGCCGCAAGAAGUCCCCCUCCAAGUCCGGCUCCGCCGCCAACUUCAUCUCCUCCAUCAACAAAUCAUUAAACUCAUGCAAGCGCCGUUUCGCCAAGUUUUUCUCCAAGUUGGUGCGUAUGACCACCACCCCAACUCGGAAAAGCAAAGGCUACAAAAUAUUGAAAACCGAACAAAAAGAUAAUCCUGAAUCUAAAGAUCAGAUUCUUGUUCCUAAAGUUCUUUUCUUCUGCAAAGAAAACGUUCUUCCUCCUCUCCUAUCUCCCGAGAAAAAAACCAUCUUUCUCGAUCUAGACGAGACGCUAAUCCAUUCAAAACCCGACCCUCCUCCGAAAAGAUUUGACUUCGUUGUCAGGCCAAGAAUCGAUGGAGAGUUUAUGAAUUUUUAUGUCGCAAAACGGCCCGGUGUGGAUGCUUUCUUGGAAUCCGUAAGUAAAAAGUACGAGGUGGUGGUAUUCACGGCGGGAUUAAAGGAGUAUGCGUCGUUGGUUCUCGAUAGGCUCGACGAGAAGCGGGUGAUUUCGCAUCGGCUUUAUCGCGAUUCUUGCAAAAAACACGAUGGGAGGUUUGUAAAGGACUUAUCAGAGAUGGGAAGAGACUUGAAGAAGGUGGUGAUUGUUGAUGAUAAUCCCAAUGCCUAUGUAUUUCAGCCGGGAAAUGCAAUUCCGGUGAAACCCUUUACCGGCGACGCCAAGGAUAAGGAGUUGCGCAUGCUGGCCAAAUUUUUUGAGGGUUGUGAUCGUUUUCUUGACAUGAGGGAUGCCGUGAAGGCAUUUGGGCGCUUUAAGGACUACUUUGAUUAAGAUAUGAGAGCUCGAAAAUGUGUUUUCUAAUUAUUAUUAUUAUUUUUUAGUUUUAUUGUUGAAGAAAAUUGUAUUACACAAUGAAUUGCCAAAUUAGAAGAAUGCAAUGAAUUGUAAAAGUUUAUUUUAGGGAUUGAAUUCAGAUGCAAAGCUUCUUUGCAUGAUGCAUUGCACCA